AUGGAGCGCAAGCUAUCAGAAAAAGCAACUGAAAUACGACGCCGUCUGACCUUCACCAGAAGCAGCUCCACGCGAGGCCUAGAAUCCACACUGGUCUCGCCUAUUGAUGCCAGCCCAUCAAGCAGUCGCCCUCGGUCAACGACGAAUUCCGAGUCUCCCACGCACGACGGGCCAACGUGGGACAGCAGUGACCCCAACCCCGAAGGGGGUUACAGUUUCACGGACGAGCCAGGCUACUUCCGCCCUGCAUCGCCGCUUAUCGACCGCCAAGAGAUCGAAGAAGACCUCGAAGCUGAUAUCAAGCAUGCAUGUGCUAUGCCAUCCCACAGCAUUGAUCGUGGGCUUCCAACAGGAUUCACCUACCGGAGUGAUGUGCCAGUCCGGACAGAUGGACAAAAUCCCGCUGGUCAGCCAAGUGGCGAUGCAGCUCCUUCACCCUUAAAACAUCAUGCCAUUCUUCUGUCGGCGCCCAGACCAAUCAAGCCCGAAACAGAAAGUACCACGAAACAUGAUUCCGGAGUCGGUACGAGCUUCAAUUCUCCCAACCAACCAGGUAGACCAUACGACCACAGCGUAUCGGGCACAGAUACCUCGGCACGGUUCUAUAACAAACAACCCUCCGCCUCACCACCGCACAACGCAUCAACAGGACCCCGCGUCCGGAGCCAGAGUCUAGCAACAACAGUCGAAGACAACCAAAGGGAAGGAGCCAACUCUUCAAGUCCGGUUCCAUUCCCAUACAGUCCUUCUCAAUCCAACAGCGAGUGGAUAUCCAAGCCAACGACGCUCGACAGCCCAGUCAGCUCGCUCAAUGAAAGCGAACAAAAGUUCGAAGCUACCGAGUCCGAGCUCGAGACAGAGCCAGAGGCCAACGAACCUGAGACAUCCUCUUCAGCCAUACCACCACACAAAGCGCCACACCUUGAUGGGGCAGGCGGGGCCUGGCUUCCCGCUAGCAGAGAAAUCCACCUCAUCAACGCAGAAAAACCCACAGCAAUCGAACCCAAAACGACAAAGCCAUUGACCCGCUUCUACAGUUCCUGCAACCAAACGACAGGGUCAUUCAACUCCCGUGAAUGGCCGACGAAUUUCCGGGAGGAUCGGGAGCCGGGUGUUUACGGCAAGGUCCCAUCAGAUUCACCACUAGGCGCUGGAAGGGCCACAGUGUCAAGACCGCAAACAGGUAACCCGAGAUUGGGCAGUGCUUCGACGAAUGAGGAAAAAUUACCUGGCAGAUACCCGUACCAAUCGUUUGGCGGGUCCAGCCGCGGGAUGUCUUGCUCGUCUUCUUACUUGGGGGAUAAGUCUAAACACCAAGAGCGUGUUUACUCUGAUGUUAUGCCCGGUUCGCCGCCUAAAAAUAACCGGCGGAAGAAGGCUUCGCUUUUGUUAAGGAAGUUGGCCGGGUUUGGGGCGAGGACGAAGGGCAAUGACAAUGGGAAUGAGGUUUGCUGA